GAGCUGAUAUUGUGCCACUGCACUCCAGCCUCGUAUCAGAGUGAGACUCCGUCUCAAAAAGAAAAAAGAAGAAAAUCUCCAGACCAAAAUUUAUUAGAUGCAUCAAAUUAUUUUUUGGCAAUGGAGAGACAUAAUCCCUAAACUCAGCUGUUGUAAUCAGACUUUCCAGGGAUUGUUUCCUUGAUUUCUGAGGUCAUCAAAGAAUGUAAGUGCAGAGGUAGGAAGCAGUGCUUCAGUGCAGCAGACCCCAAUGAGUUUGUGUUUUGAUGCUGCAUAUUAUCCCCCUAAUAACUUUGAAGAUGAAUGUUGUAUUUUGUAACCAGGAAAAUGAUUGUGUAAUGAGUAGUAGAGGAAUAGGUUAUUGCCUGUGAUCAUUGAAAUGAGAAUCACCUAAUAUUCCUGUAAUGAAAUCACUGAAACUAUUGGGAAAGGAGAUGUAUGUGAAAAUAAAUAUAAAUUGCACCUUCUAAAAGGCAAUUUUGGCAUUAAUGAUAUUCUCCAGAAAAAAAAGUUGAAAACAAUUUGGAGAUACUUAGAAAAGUGAGAAAAUGUUAGGAACGAUGAAAGAAAGAUAAAAUGUAUCCAGUAUAUUGUUAAUAGGCAAGUAUGCAAAAUUACUCUGCUCUGAGGUGGUUUAGGACAAGUCUGUGUUAUGGCUAGCUUUGUAUAGACAGUGCAUGUUUGAAGAUUGGGGAAAGCUUAUGUCAAUAAACAGAUGUUUACUGAAUCCACAUGAUUUGCCUAAAAAUCUUCAAAGUUAGGAUGAAUUCAUUUCCAAGAGUACAUCUUUAGACAUCAUUAAAUAUAUAUACGUAUCCACGUAGUUUUUGUUCUUUCAGUUAGGCACACAAAUACGAUUACUGCACUGGUUAAACUGAAGCAGCAGAGGCUGUAGUUUCCUAGUGCUGACUCUGGGCGCCGCUGUUGGCCAAAGUGGAGAGCCUGGAGCUCCAGAUCUCCUCGCGCAGCCGCAGGGCACUUUCCGGGGCAGCCCCAGCUCAGACUCACCAGCACCAGCCUUUACACCGCUUCCUCCUCGGAAAAAGAAGAAUCUUUUCCUGAACUGGAACUGGAACUAAAGGCCUUUCGGAGAUCCGAAAAUCUGCAAUACAGAGGUUAUUUGUAACCCGGCGUCUCCAGGCUGGUGAGCAAGCUGAGGAGAGCAAGAGGGAUGGAGAGCUGCGCCGGGGAGCGGGGCCGGGCUGAGAGGCGACCUGGGCUCUUUCUCUUCCUGCUGCCUUUGUUCUGCCCGGCUCUCGGUGAGCAGAUUCGCUACAGGAUUCCCGAGGAAAUGCCCACGGGCUCCGUAGUGGGGAACCUCGCCAAGGACCUGGGGUUCAGCGUCCAGGAGUUACCGACUCGAAAACUGCGCGUCAGUUCGGAGAAGCCUUACUUCACGGUGAGCGCAGAGAGCGGGGACUUGCUUGUGAGCAGCAGGCUAGACAGGGAGGAGAUCUGCGGGAAGAAUCCAACUUGUGCUCUGGAAUUUGAGGCUGUUGCUGAAAAUCCACUGAACUUUUAUCACGUGAAUGUGGAGAUCGAGGACAUUAAUGACCACACGCCAAAAUUCACGCAAAAUUCCUUUGAGCUGCAAAUAAGCGAGUCUGCACAGCCUGGCACACGAUUUAUAUUAGGAUCUGCCCAUGACGCAGAUAUUGGUAGCAACACACUGCAGAGUUACCAACUCAGUCUCAGUGAUCAUUUCUCACUGACAAAUAAAGAGAAAUCAGAUGGCAGCAAGUACCCUGAGCUGGUAUUGAAGACACCUUUGGACCGAGAAAAGCAGAAAUCUUACCACUUGACUUUGACUGCCUUGGACUUUGGGGCUCCACCCCUAAGCAGCACUGCACAAAUACGGGUUCUAGUGACUGAUGCCAAUGAUAAUGCUCCAGUUUUCAGUCAAGACGUAUACAGGGUGAGACUUUCGGAAAACGUGUACCCGGGGACCACGGUGCUACAGGUGACUGCCACGGACCAGGAUGAGGGUGUCAAUGCUGAGAUCACUUUCUCUUUCAGUGAAGCUAGUCAGAUCACCCAAUUUGACCUGAACUCUAACACCGGGGAAAUAACUGUUUUAAAUGUAUUAGAUUUUGAAGAAGUCAAAGAAUAUUCCAUAGUUUUAGAAGCAAGGGACGGUGGAGGAAUGAUUGCGCAAUGCACAGUGGAGGUAGAAGUCAUAGAUGAAAACGACAACGUCCCAGAAGUGAUAUUCCAAUCUCUACCCAACCUGAUUAUGGAGGACGCCGAGCUGGGAACACAUAUUGCUUUGCUCAAAGUGCGUGACAAGGAUUCCAAACACAAUGGAGAAGUUACUUGUAAAUUGGAAGGUGAUGUUCCAUUUAAAAUACUAACUUCUUCAAGAAACACGUAUAAAUUAGUGACAGAUGCUGUUCUAGACCGCGAGCAGAAUCCAGAGUACAAUAUCACUAUUACGGUCACAGACCGGGGCAAGCCUCCCCUCUCCUCCAGUUCCAGCAUCACCCUGCACAUUGGCGAUGUAAAUGACAACGCUCCGGUUUUCUCACAGCCUUCCUACAUAGUCUAUGUGUCCGAGAACAACCCUCCUGGAGCCUCCAUUUCACAAGUCAGCGCUUCCGAUCCCGAUUUGGGACCUAAUGGCCAAGUCUCCUACUCCAUCGUGGCCAGUGAUCUGGAGCCUCGGGAGCUGUCGUCCUACGUGUCCGUGAGCGCACAGAGCGGGAUGGUGUUCGCGCAGCGCGCUUUCGACCACGAGCAGCUGCGCUCCUUCGAGCUCACGCUGCAGGCGCGCGACCACGGCUCGCCUGCACUCAGCGCCAACGUGAGCCUGCGCGUGUUGGUGAACGACCGUAAUGACAACGCCCCGCGGGUGCUGUACCCCGUGCUGGGGCCCGAUGGCUCUGCACUGUUCGAUAUGGUGCCACGCGCCGCAGAGCCCGGCUACCUGGUGACCAAGGUGGUGGCGGUGGACGCAGACUCAGGACAAAACGCCUGGCUGUCCUACCACGUGCUGCAGGCCAGCGAGCCC